AUGGAACUGAAAAGGAGGGAGUUCAAGGACGAUCCAAUCCGUCAACUGGAGCUAGCUGCCUACUUCACUCAUUGUAAUCUGCGGACCUGUCACACUAGACUCGCCCUAUUGAAUGCCAUGAUUAUUUUCGUCAAGGCUGGUAAUUUGAGCACUGCAGCCACCUUUGCAAGUCGAUUCUUGGGAACUAAUCCUACUACGAGUGAGGAUCAGGCCAAAAAGGCCAGUCAAGUUGUUCUAGCUGCCAAAACCGCAAGGAACAGAGGAGAUGUUUCUCCGUUUGUUGUGUGUGGGGCUACUUAUGUGCCGAUAUAUCGUGGUCAGAAGCACAUUACUUGCCCUUAUUGUGGCACUCACUUUGUUGCAUCGCGGCGUGGGAAACUGUGA